AUGGAACCAACAUUAUGUUUUAUUUUAUGUGAAACACCAAUUGUUUAUCUACAAGGUACCAUUUGUCGAUGUUCAGGUAUUGGUCUUACGGAUCAUAAUCGAGUAAGUGAUAAGCUUUGUCAGACCUCGUGCAAAAGAUCAAAUAAUAAUCGAGUUUUAACAAUUAAUACAUGUGGAGGCAAAGAAACAUAUUCAGUUUAUGCUGAAGAAAAGUAUUACAUUCAAUAUGCUCAUUUAUUUAAUUUUCGAAUUCAAUUUAAAUCAUGUGAAUUAUGGAAUACUUCUGGUUAUUAUGAUACAUUGCAAGUGAAAAUUAAUGAAUUAUAUGUUGAAACCCAAUUGACGAAAUUAGAACGUUGUGCAGCUACAUGUCUUGAUCAAAAUGCUACAACCAAAUCUAUAGCUUUCAACGAUGAUAACAAUCAAUGUUUAUGUAUAAUAUCACAUAAAUUAAAUCUAAAUUCUGAUGAUGUUCAUCAUUUAACAAUUUUAUCCAAUGAUAAUUGUGAUCGUUAUUGUGAU